UUUAAAUUCAUUUCUAACAAGCAUACGACAGAAAAUAUUUCACUCCGAAGUUUCGUUUUUUCAACCACUUCAAAUAAAUGAACAAAUAAAUAUGCCAUUGAAAUGUCCAUAAAUGGUUCCAGAAAAAAUGAUUUAAAAUACAAUAUGAUUCAAAUAUUGCCGCAUUAAUAUUUCGGAAUUUUAUAUAAUAGUCACUCACUGACAAUGAUUCUUUAUAAAUGCGAUGCAUUCCCAAAUAUGCCAGUGAAAUAUCAAAAAUCCAGAAGAAAAAUCAGAGAUUCUCACGCAUCUCGUAAAAAUGAAGAGGAAUCUAAUAAUCUGUUUGGUAUAUUAGCUCACGAUUUCUCCCACAGAAUUGAUUCUUGCACUAAAGAAGCGAAGACAGUGAAGAAAACUCCUACGAGUUAUAGAGACGACUACUGCUUGCGAAAGAAACUUCCCAAACGGCCUGCUUCUUGUCGUCCUUUCCCAAGAAUUAUGACAUUCGAUGAAAAAUUUUCAGCAAACAGCACCUAUAGUCGGGAUUUUAUCCCUUACAGUGAGAAACAUAUGAAAAACUCCAGAGGCAGUAUGGUUAUCCAUGAAGAUCAUUUAGCUUAUCCACCUGCUGGAAAAUUUAUGAGCGAAAGUGAGACAAAAUAUGCCUUUCAAUUCCCUAAAGUCAAGCACAUUCAAGAAAGACAGCGGGUAUUGUCUUUUAAACACAAAAGUAGAGAUUUUGUUAACCGAAUACUUUCAGAUGAUGCUGAAGUAACUUAUCAUACGACAACUUAUGACUCCCAUUUCAAGAUACCAAAAAUAUUUGAAAGAUCAAAAUUUUGUCACCCAAAAGAUGAAAUCCAAGUCUCAGCAGAACCUUUCAAAAAUUAUUCGCAGUACGCAGUUGACUAUAAAAGGCCACAGAAGCCGAAAAAAUGCAAUUCUGAAUUUCAUCGAGGAAAGCAGAAGUAUUAUCCACCCUCAAUAGCAAUGGAAAGCAAAACGACAUAUAGUGCAGCUUUUAACAAAACACCACAGAAAAGCUUAAAACUGCAUUCUAGAAUGAAGGAUAAGAAAAAUCGAAAUGUUUCAGCAAGUGAUGAGGGAAAUAAACGAUCCACUUCCAAAGUUCAGAAUUUGGAAUUCGAACUUUGUAAAUCUAGACUUGCCAAUAUUGAUAAGAUGCACGCAUGAAGCAGUAUAUCGAUACUAUCACUCUCACGUGAAUGUCUUAAGGGAUUUUUCUUUUGCUUUAGCUCAACUCGAAAAAUUUAAAAUAGAGAUCAUCAUGAAGAAAUUAAAAAAAAUAUGUGAUACUGCGUUACAAAUUUUAACAAGAGGUGAUAAAAAUACAUAGAGAAAUAAAAUAUUUA